AUGGGAUCGACGUGUUCAUCGCCGGAGAGCAAAGAGCAAAACAGGAUAAACUCAAUCAUCGACAAACAGAUACGAAAAGAUGAAGACAAUGAGAUUGGAAACCAGAAAUUGUUACUUCUUGGAACUGGAGAGUGUGGGAAAUCGACCAUUUUAAAACAGAUCAACAUUCUUCAUAGUAGCGGGUAUACUAAAACGGAUCUGAAAAACGUGGCGGGUACGGUGUAUAGCAACAUUAUUCAAGGAAUGGCAACACUUAUAAAAGCAAAAGAUCAGUUUUAUCAUGAAGUAACCAGUCCUGAGUUGGAUGCCGAUGCUCAACACAUUCUCGCUUUGGCUGAAAGCAGCAAGGAUGCAAUGCCAUUUAUUCCACUAACAUUCAAUUCAAUAAAACGAUUAUGGCAUGAUCCUACGGUCCAGAAGACGUUCGAACGUAGAGCUGAAUUUCAGAUGAUGGAUACUUUGGUUUAUUUCAUGAAUGAGAUAGAUCGGAUAAAUGAUCCAGAAUACAUUCCAACUGUAGAUGAUAUGCUCCGGAUUCGGAUACCAACUAUGGGAGUAGUUCAACAAGUUAUUGAAAUCAAAGGGACCAAAUUCAGGAUAUUUGAUGUUGGAGGUCAACGAUCGGAGCGAAGGAAAUGGAUCCAUUUGUUUGACAAUGUAAAUGCAACAAUUUUUAUUUCUGCCAUCAAUGAAUACAAUCAAAAACUGAAUGAAGAUGGAAAUGCGAACCGGAUGAAAGAAUCCAUCAAACUAUUUGAGACAAUUUGUAAUUCUAGAUGGUUUGUGCAAGCAGCGAUGAUAUUAUUCUUGAACAAACGGGAUUUGUUUGAACAAAAAUUGAAGACAACUAGCAUAAAUGUGCUAUUCUCCACUUAUUUAGGAUCGAAUGAUUACGCAGAAUGUGUUGCUUAUAUUCAAUUGCGUUUCGAAAGACUCAACAAGUAUGCUGAUGUGAAGAAAAUCUACACCCAUGUCACAUGUGCAACUGAUACGAAUCAGAUUCAACUGGUCAUUGAUAGUGUUGUUGAUAUGGUUAUUGGGAGGAAUUUAAGAGGAACUGGCAUGGAAUAG